GUCGAUGAAGGUUUUGUGGCCAUGGUAAACUACUCUGUGUAGCUUGAUCAGCUACUUAGCACAAGUGUUGGUUAUUAAUGACUUUGAUUCAGAAACCCGGAAUGUAAUAUAUUCAGAUUUAGGAAUGAAGGCUGAAACUUGUACACUCUUUAUAAAAACAUAUGUUUUAUAACCAUUUUCCCUGCUUAUUUGGCUUCAAGAAACAAUAAAUUGGAUGCAUGAUCAAUGUUUUGUAUCUCAUUUGAUUUGACCUGAACUACACUAUAACCCAUGACUUACCCAACCCACGUGUUCAUUUUUGGCAAGAAAGAGAAAUUUAACAAUGUUUUGUACAGUCCUUGCACAAUCCUUACAAAACUUGUACAAUCCUUACAAAAAUAUGUCUUGUUUUAUAACUUUUUAGUUUAUUUAGUUUGAAAAAGCAGUAAACUGGAUGCAUGCCCAAUUUACUGACUGAGCGUUUGAUUUGUCCUGAAUUACACAACUCCUGACUCCUCUGACUCCUGUGUUCAUUCUUGGCAGGAAAGAGGAACUCUAGUGUUUGUGUACAGCAGUUUAUGUAAUGAUAGAGCAGCUUAUGUAAUGAUUUACCAGAAUCCAACCCUCUAUUUAAAUAUUGAAAUUUACACUCCCUAAAAUAUACUGUUAAACAGCUGGUUUGUUGGAAAACUACAAAAUCAGUUUUGAUAAUUGAAAAGUCCAAGCAACAGAAUAUACUUUGCUGACUUAUUUAACAAAACUCAGGAGGUAGAAGAACUAUUGCCAUUUUUUCUAUUGUCCUGUCACUAGCAUUAGCAAUGGAGUCAUUAGAUAAGUACUUGGUGAAAUACAAAGGAUACUAUUUUAUGCAAAAUAUGGUUACCCCUGAAUACAUUGAUUCCUUGGAAGAUUUUGAAAUCCUGGACAGUGAUGUAUUUCUGGUCACUUUCCCAAAAUCAGGAACAGUAUGGACACAGAAUAUUUUGAGCUUGAUUUAUCAUGAAGGUCAUCGAAAUGGGACUGAAGACAUGGAACGCCCAUCACCACGUCUCUUUUCCAGCCAUCUGCCCUAUUAUUUAAUGCCAAAGGGAUUAAAGAAUGGGAGAGGAAAAGUUAUUUAUGUGGCCAGAAACCCAAAAGAUGUCUUGGUCUCCUACUAUCAUUUCUCCAAAGUUUCUGUCCUACUUGAAGAAGUUGAAGACUUUGAAAUUAUUAUGGAGAAGUUUUUGGCUGGAAAAGUGAUGGGUAAUCUAUGGCUAGAUCAUAUCGAAGGCUGGUAUGCUCAGAGAGAAAACAUGAAUAUUCUCUUCCUUAUGUAUGAAGACAUGAAGAAGGAUCUGAAAAGCACUGUAUUGAAAAUAUGCGACUUCCUAGGAAAGAGACUGACUGAAGAAGAGAUAGAUGAUGUUGUGGAUAAGGCUUCAUUUGGCAAAAUGAGUGUGGAUCGCAGAACCAAUUAUACCACCAUGCCUCCUGAUAUCCUAGAUUUCAGCAAAGGACGCUUUCUGCGCAAAGGUACAGUUGGAGACUGGAAAAACAUAAUGACAGUUGCACAGAAUGAAAGGUUUGACAGUGUUUUCAAGGAACGAAUGGAAAAGCUGCCCUUCAAGUUCUGCUGGGAUAUCAAGGAUGAAUUAUGAACAAGGAUGGACAAACCUGCCUCUUUUGCUUUGUACAGAUUUUUUAAAAAAUUGAUGAAACCACAGAUCUGUUUCCACUCGUUUUCAAAUCAAUUUGCAAAUUUCAGGGGAUGGAUAACAUGAAGAUGGUUUGAAUAUCCAGAUUCUAAAAUAUACACAUUUUAAUUAUUUUUUUAUUCAGAAAUAAAUGGGGAUAGACAAAAACAAUACAAAAAAGCAUUUUUAUAAUAUACAAAACCAAAACUACUUCUUCUAACACUACUAAAUCUGAGACAAUUACUCUAACAUGGAACAUCCCUAAAGUAAUAAACACAGAUUAGACACACAGGUAAUUAUGACUAUUCUAGGAACUUCACACUCGUUGUCUAUUGAUUUUUCCUCCUUGUUUUUCUAAUAUUUGAAAAUAACAUUCUAUGUCCACAUUUCUAUUUUUAAUAACACUUCUAUACUUCAUAAGUCCAAUAGUUGAAGUUUGUACACACUGUAGGCAAGGGAUAAUUAAGUCCAAAUCUUUCUUAAAGUUGCUAAGGGAUUUCUCCUUAGGAGAAAUCCCAAAAGACACACAUUUUUAAAGAGAACAGGUAAGCAUGGGAGAAUUUUAAAUCUUCUGUUUUGUAAGAUACAUUUCUUCAUGUGCAAAAUUCUGUAUUUUUUUUUUUAUCAGAGACAACAGUCAGAUCAUUGCCAUAUUUAGGGAAAUGGCAAUGGAUAGCAAGAUAAUUGCAUUAAGGAAUGUGAAUUGGAUGAUAACCUAUAAAAUAACUAAAGAAAUUUCUUCUCAGUGACUAAUGCAGAAGCAGGAAUCGAUUAAACUUUUUCUAUUUGGUAUGAUAUUCAGUGCAUUGCAAAAUAUUAUGUUACGUUCAUGAAAGAUUAAUUUCGUUAUGGAUUUUGUAUUGUUUCCAAAAUUUAAAUCUCAUGAGAUUCUAUAACAAAGUGAAAUUUCUCCAUGAUUACUCAACACUUUUAAUCCAUACAGCUUAGAAACAAGGAUGACCCAAAAAAACCUUAACAUAAUUAAAAACCUUAAAAUAAGUAAGCAUUAUUAUUUUGUUAUUACACUGACACAUUCCUUCUCUUCUCAAGUAUUCUCUUGAUGCCUUUAGAAAAGAAUUUUCUGCAGCAAAUUGGAGCUUUUGAAAAUGGAUUUAUAGCAGCAGUGUAGAUGCAGGAGUAAGGAAUUUGUUUUAAAAAUCACUGAGUAAACUACAGAUUUAAAAACAAGAGCUUGUGCAUUUGAUACAAUGGGCAGUUGGUUUUAAGAGAGUUUUUCAUAUUGUUUUAAGUGUUAUUUAUUUUGAACUGUUAAUUACAUACUGUAUUGUCACCUGAGUUUUAAAUUUUAUAAUGAUAAGAACUAAUUAAUUAAAGUUGGAGGUUAUUACAAUUUGAACUCUUGUAACAAAACAAAAAAGGGGCACCUGGUUAGAGUUUAUUUUAAAGAAGUGGUCCUGAACCUUUGGGUCCCCAGAUGUUUUGACCUUCAGCUCCCAUAAAUCCUAACAGCUGGUAAACUGGCUGGGAUUUCUGGAAGUUGUAGAAACCCACAGGGGACCCACAGGUUGAGAACCACUGUCUUAAAGUAAAAUGCUAAACAUCAAUUGAAUUUUUUUAAAUGAACUUAAUUUUGGAAUUAAGGAAUACAAAACUUAUAAUUUAUAAAACUUAUAAAUUGCCAGCCAACAUAUUUUACUGUUCCCAGCUGGUUUGAAUCCACUACAUUCUGUUUAAUUUUACUUGUACUGCAAAAUGUCAGGGAAAAAAGAUCAAGCACCACAAACUUGGAUUAUUUAAUGAUAGAAUAAAUGAAUAUGCAUUUGUUUCCGUAGUGUGUGAAGUGAUAUGAUACAGCAAAAGGCUUUGAGCAUAUGCAGAAUAUAAGGAUACAUCUACAUGUACAACAAAUUGUACAACAAAAUCCGAAACUGAUCCUGGAAUAUUUCUGCACUGGCCCAGCCCUAGAUUCUGCAGAGCGGUUCAGUGGUGCAGUGGUGGGAAUGGAGUCCAGAUCAUUCAGCUGCAGGGAUGGCAUGGUUCAAUCUAUCCCCUUUCCCCAUGCCUCAGAGCAAGAAGGACAGUGGCAAUUGGCCAUGAAGACAGUGGAGUGGUUCAGAUUGGAGCUGGUCCAGCUAUCCACACUCCGUCCCCAGUGCAGGGCCACUCUGGAAUUUCAUUGAAGCAUUCCCCAAUUUCUCCUAAUGCAAGGUAAAAAUGGGUUACCUGAUUUUACCCUGAAAUACAGUUUGUGGAUAUCAUCUGGAUAUCCAAAAGCCACUUCUGGUCCAAUGCAGGGUAUAGAGUAUGUACAGAGAAGCCCUAAAUCUCACGUGAAGGAGAAGCGGAAAGCAGCAAAGUACUGUGCAUGUUCUGAGUAAAUGUAUCCAUUUAACUCAUUUCCAAAUGAAGAAACAUAACCUCAUCUCCAUAGAUUAUUCAGGAUGGUGUAGAUAACAAUCAGUGAUUCGGGACAAUCUAGACUGUAUAAUUUCAGAAACUAUUGGCUGAUCUGAAACUUAGAUGGCUUGUUUUUUGACUGACAGUUUGAUUUGACUUGAAUUACACUAACCCCUGACUUUUUGUACAUACUGUACAUGUUCCCAUUGUAGUAGUACACAGGAACAAUAUUUAUGGCAGUUUAUGUAAUGAUUGUAGUAGUAAAUCAACAGUGUUUAUGGUAGAACUUGUAAUGAGGAAGCAGGUCAUGUAAUGUUUUACAGGAUAAGCCUUCUAUUUAAAUAUUUGACUGUAAUCAAGAGAAUUGCAUUCUGUAAGAAUGUAUUGUUUUUAAUAGCUGACUUCAUGGAAGGCUUGAAAGUUAAAAUGAAAUGGCCCAUGCAGAAGAUUCUUUUCCUGACAGAGCAAAAUUCAUGAGGUAAGUGCUACAUAAACAGAAAUGUUUAUGUUACCUAGGGGCCCCUGGUGGCACAGUGUGUUAAAGCGCUGAGCUGCUGAACUUGCGGACCAAAAGGUCCCAGGUUCAAAUCCCAGGAGCUGAAUGAGCGCCCGCUGUUAGCCCCAGCUCUUGCCAAGCUAGCAGUUCAAAAACAUGCAAAUGUGAGUAGAUCAAUAGGUACCGCUCCGGCGGGAAGGUAACAGCGCUCCAUGCAAUCAUGCUGGCCACAUGACCUUGGAGGUGUCUAUGGACAACGCCGGCUCUUUGGUUUAGAAAUGGAGAUAAGCACCAACCCCCAGAAUCGGUCACGACUGGACUUAACGUCAGGGGAAACCUUUACCUUUACCUUUUUUUUAUGUUACUUUGCUGAGGACACAAAGAAGCAAAAAUAUUGAGUUUUGUGGCAAUGACUCUAAGAAGACUCCCACUACAUCAGAUGUGUGACUGUCACAUCCUUUGAAGCAGUAUUUUAUCUUUCUGGUUUAAGAGAGAGUGUACUGAGCUCUUUUACAGAAAAGCAGGAUAAGAAUGUAACACAUAGAACGAGACUUCCCUUUCUGCAGUAAGGAUGCAUUGUUAAUCUGUGAAGUUUUGCCGUUUUUCACUUGUAAAGAAACAUACAAGCAGUCAAUUUGUGCUUUCCUUCUAUGGUGCAAUAAAAUUUCUUAAUUAACCAAA